AUGCUCCGCUCAUCCUCCUUCCUAAACUCCUUACAAAAGGCAAACGUUUCCUCACAACGUGCCUUCUCGUUUCGCCUGAACGAUCAACAACGUGAGUUUCAACAAGUUGCGUUACAGUUUGCCAAGGAAGAGAUCGCACCAAAGGCCGCAGAAUAUGACAAAACUGGCGAAUUUCCAUGGGAUUUGAUCAAGAAGGCUCAUUCUAUCGGUUUGAUGAAUCCUGGAGUUCCAGAAGCUUAUGGUAAGGGGGAAUAGGGGGUAAAAAGUUGGGGAAGAGUAUAAAGUUUAAAAAGGAAUGGCAUAAACGUAAAAAAAUGGUGGUUUUUAGGCUUAAAAAUGAAAAAUUUUAUUCUUUUUGAAUAAAAAACGGGUCUUUACCUAAAAUUCGUCAUAAAAUUUGUCAAGAUUAAAAAAAACUCAAAAAUUUGUUAUUAUGACUACAAGACAAUACUCUAAUUAACCUUAAAAUUCCAGGAGGACCAGGCUGCUCAAACGUCGAAACCGCCUUGAUUAUUGAAGCCCUCUCUUAUGGCUGUACCGGAGUUCAGCUAGCCAUCAUGGGCCCCAGUCUGGCGUUGGCCCCGCUUUUGUUGGCUGGAAAUGAAGAACAAAAGAAGAAAUACGCUGGAAUGCUGACUGCUGAACCAUCAAUUGCUGUAGGUUUUGACUAGCGAUAGUUGUGGGAUAUUGUAGUAGGCUAUAUGGGAGAUGCUAGGCUUGAAAAAUACUUUUUAAGUCAAUUUUUGCUUUGAAAUCUUUUCUCAUUGUAACAUACGAAUAAGCAGAACUUCUUUUGAAUCCUGUAUGGUUUAAUAUCUAUUAAUUAUCGGUUUCGUUAAUAAUAUUGUUUUAGUCGUACUGUGUGACUGAGCCAGGAGCCGGAUCUGAUGUGAAUGGAGUGAAAACUAAAGCCGAAAAGAAAGGUAAGCCAGCUUUUCAUGUGUAA